AUGGCCGAGCCCCACAUGAAGACCGCGGGCGUCGCCCAGUACAUCCGCCACCAGGACGACGUGCCAGCGAACGCGAUCGCGCCCACGGACGACGUCGUGACGGAGUUCAAGCAGCUCAAGAUGCGGCGCAAGUACCGCUUCAUCCUCUUCCGCAUUGAGGCCGAUCAGGUGGUUGUCGACAGGACAGCGCCGCGCUCGGCCACGUUCCAGGACUUUGAUGCGGCGCUGCCGGACUCGGACUGUCGCUACGCCGUGUACGACCACGAGUUCCGCACGGCGGACGGCCGCCAGUCGAGCAAACUCUUUUUCGUGACGUGGAUCCCGCAGAACUCGCACCCGGGCUUCAAGAUGGCGUACACGCACGCCAAGAGCGCGAUUCAGAGCGUGUGCGAAGGCUGCUUCGAGGUCAGCGCCGUGAUCAAGAAGGAGGUUGCGCGGGGCCUGGACAUUACGGACGGCAACGCCUCGGACUCGAACAGCGAGUUUGAAGACGACUAG